AUGUCUGAUAAUCCAAUAUCUGAAACGGCCGAAGCAAGUUCAAGCUCACUGUCCUGUCCAAAAGAGUGCAAUGAAUCCAAAAACGGGACAGAGAUUCAGAUCCUUCUGAAGACGCUCACUCAUGGUGAUAGUAAACUAACUUGUUCAUCAGAAAUUUCAGUAAAACUCUUGAAGGCUCAGAUCAGUCGCGAGUUCCCUUCUCAGCCAAAAAUCGAAGACCAGAAACUAAUUCACGCGGGAAUUCUACUCAAGGACAACGUAAUUUUAAGCGAUGCGUUCAAACUGCAGAUGAAAUUAGCAUCGUCAACAGAAAGGUCAAAAGAGUUCAUUGUUCAUCUUGUGUGCACAGCAAAAGGAAGUCCAAUUUUCAAGCGCCAUCAAGUGAAUAUGUCCAAUGCGUCUUCUGGAACUGCAAGUAGCUCGGAGUCGACGAGCAAUUCAGCGAGACCAAGUGGAACAAUGAGGCCAACCAGUAUGUUUAAUGUUGCUGAUACUACUAACCUUUCAACCAAUGGAACGGGAACGGCAAACAUGGCGAAUUUGCCGUUGUCGCUCGACAAUUCGAACAUUGGUUUCAUCGUGAACUAUAUUAAUUCGAACAUCACCAAAGAGCAAUAUGUGGAAAUGGUUGCAGAUAUGCAUGAACAACAUCGCAAGUUUUACGCAACUGUCAAAGAAGAUGUUGUAAAAAGCUUUCAAACUCAAACUUUCAAAACAGCUACCUUUGCUGAUUUGAAUAGCACUUUGAACAUGCUACUUGGGAGGGGUUCUAGGUUGGAAGGAAGUCAUUCUGAAGGGAGCAAUGAACAAGUAACUAAUCAAGAGACAGUCAAUGAAAGUACAGCUGAGCGUGAAAAUGAAAGAAACGAAGCUGCUCAGGCGAUGUUAGAGCAACGACAAAGAGAAAACGCGGCUGUGAUCAAUGCAGCGGGAGGAUUCGCCCCUGCUCAAAAUGAUGAAGUAGGCGAAGAAAAUGAUUGGCUGACGUGGCUGUACAGAGAGUCCCGCCUGGUUGUUUUGCUGGUCAUUCUCUACUCUUAUUCCUCUCUCAACAGGGUUCUGACAGUCGGUGUGAUCACAGCUUUGAUGUACUUUUUUCAGCGGCGGUGGUUGCCGUUGUUCGGCCGAGAGUUGAUGCGAAGAAACGACGAUAACAAUCAUUUGAAUAAUGAUAACGACGAUGAGUUAGAACCCCAAGAGAACGACGAAAACGACGACGAUGGUUUAAACGAAAACAGAGAUAACCAGAACGAAUACGAAACGAUGAGAGACGAAAACCCGAGCGAAGCCGACAACCGAGAGGGUCAGGACUCGGGAGUUAGUAGGUCGCCGAGUAGGAGCAACUUAGGAAGCCGGAAUGACAGGUUACAGAGGGCUCCGCCGACACGCAUGGCCCGAGUUUAUUCAGCGAUGGAAACUUUUGUUGUCGCCGUCACAACCUUUUUUGUUUCUCUGUUUCCCAUUGAGCUGCGUCAGCCGCAGAAUAUUUAAUAUUAAAGUUUUAAAUGCGUAGAAGUAUGAGUAGUAUGUGUAGUAAAUCGCUUAAAGCUGAGUCAGUUGAACACGAAAAAUACUUCUCCCAAUAAAGCCGAUUUUUUUGAAAAUUUGUAACGAAUCUCAUUUUGUUUUGCAGUUCAACUGAAAAUUGAAGUUAAUGCAAUAUUUCAAUGACUGUAUUAACAUCCUGCUGAAGUCGCAUUAUUUCUUUAAACGGGUAAUGGUUGCUUAAAUUCGAUAAUAAAAGUAGCAGAAAAACUCUCAAAUAGAUACAUUUCUAAUUAGUUCUGAAUUCAUUAAAUACUGAAGUUAUAUUUAUAAUAUAUGGAUUAAUUUAUAUUAAUCUUGUUA